AUGGAGAAAUCAUUUGAGUCUGAGGUGAUCCAGGCCACCGCUGUGAGGAACAAGGAAGCAACCAGGAAGCCAAAACGACAAAGGUGGUGGCAGCUCGGUGGCAAGGAUAUCAGCCAUGUCUCCGUCGAUGCCGAUAUCGAGCUGGACUCGGAGACCUCGUCUCUAGAGCCUACUGACCCCUCGAUUGUCAAGAACGUGAAUAGCGUUUACGAAGCUCCCGAGGCCACGGAAAUCUACAAGCCGAUUGAAGGCUUUGAAGGCACACAUCGUUUCGAUCCCACGGCUGAAUGGACUCAGGCAGAGGAAAAGGCUUUGCUCAGGAGGCUCGACUGGCGAAUUGCCCUUCCAGCAUGCAUCAUGUUCUUUGCCCUUCAACUCGAUCGAGGCAACAUUACCCAAGCACUAUCUGACAAUAUGCUAAAGGAUCUCCACAUGAAUACCAAUGACUAUAACAACGGCAUGACCAUUUUUUACUGUUCCUUCUUGUUUGCCGAGCUUCCGUCGCAGCUCGUCAGCAAGAAGCUUGGCCCAGAUACCUGGAUCCCCAUCCAAAUGGUGGCCUGGAGCGCCGUAGCAGCAUCGCAGGCUGCGUUGUCCGGCAAAACAAGCUUCUACAUCUGCCGUUUCCUUCUCGGUCUCAUUGAGGGGGGUUUUAUUCCCGACACCAUCCUUUACCUGAGUUACUUCUUCACGAACGCGGAACUUCCCAAACGCCUGAGCUGGUUCUGGACCUCUUAUCAAUCUACCCAGAUUGUGGGAGCUUUUCUCGCCUACGGCAUCCUGCAUCUUCGAGGCCACGGCAUGGCCGGAUGGAGAUAUCUGUUCGCGAUCGAGGGCGGCCUCACCGGCGCGAUUGGCAUUUUCACCUGGUUGUAUCUGCCGGCCUCGCCUACUCAGACGGGUCGCGACGCAGCUGCCCAUAGGGGCAGCAGAAAGAUCCCGACAAAAGGGCUUCUCCGACCAAAGAAAGGAUGGUUCACGGAGCGAGAAGAGACCAUCAUGGUCACACGCAUCCUGCGCGACGACCCCGGUAAAGCGACCAUGCACAACCGACAAGGUCUCAGCUUGGACCUCUUCUGGUCGGCUCUUACCGACUAUGAUAUGUGGCCGAUCUACCUCAUUGGUCUCUCAUGGACAAUUCCGAGCACGCCUCCGCAGGCCUAUAUCACAUUGACAUGCAAAGCCCUGGGGUUCGACACGUUCCAAACCAAUCUGCUCACCAUCCCGGCCUACACCCUCUUCAUCAUCCAGCUGUUGUUCUGGACGUGGUUUUCGGAGAAGGUCAACCAGAGACUGCUGCUGGGCGUGAUCUGCCAGAUCUGGUGUCUUCCCUUGCUAGUCGCCCUGGUCACCUUGCCGCCUCACUUCCACGGCUCCAACUGGUCGAAAUGGACACUGUCCACCAUGCUGGUCGGGUAUCCCUACGUGCACGCCAUCCUCGUGGCCCUCACGUCUCGCAAUGCGGGCAGCGUGCGCACGCGCACCGUCGGCUCGUCGCUGUACAACAUGGCCGUACAGGCGUCCAACAUCUUCGCAUCGCAAAUCUACCGCCAGGCUGACGCGCCGUACUACUACACAGGCAACAAGGCCCUGCUGGGCGUCGUGGCGUGGAACGUUAUCGUUUUUAUCGGUGCAAAGAUUUAUUAUGUCCGCAAAAACGCCCAGCGCGACAAGAUCUGGUACUCCAUGACCCGCGAGGAGAGGGUUCAUUAUCUCCAGACGACAGAGGACAAGGGGAACAAGAGGCUGGAUUUCCGAUUCGCGCAUUAG